CUUCCGCAGCCAACACAGGUCCAGCUGAAACGUCACGCUGCCUGCCACCCUCCAAAGCGGAUUUAUACGUCUCUUCUGCUGCGUCUGAACGUCACGCCUGCUUGCAGCAUGACGUCAUUAGCUACGUCAUUUGGCAGCGACCGUGCAUCCCUCCGAGGUUUGGUCACGCUGGCCUCAGCGUUGCCCGGGCUUAAAAGUCGCCUUGGCCGCGAGCUCUCGGGGCUUGGCGGUCGUUUCCGCCGCGACGUGAUGUCGGGGCAGGGCCACAUCCGCGGGCAUUCCUGUCCCUGCAGCGGGGACCAGACCUCACCGGGGCCGGGGGGAUAGGACAGGAGCCCCUCGCUGGAUGGGACGGCGGUGGUGUAGGCGGUCCAUCCCUGAGCCGACUUCCUCCUGCAGAAGGGCCUGGAGGAAGGAGCCGGUGAUGCCACAGAAAUUCCACGGCCCUGAUGUCACCUCGGGGCGGCCCAGCGGCCCCCGCGCGCCCUGCUCUUCUCCAUGCGCCCUGCGCUCCGGCCCCAGAUCGCCGCCGUCGCUUCCCCGGGAAGGAGCCCGGGCCGUGGCCGUCGAAGGAGGAUGAGCGACUGCGAGUUCGGCUACGUCCAGGCGCUGGCCCGGGACUACCUGUGCCACGUGCUGCAGCGGCCGCCGCCCCGGCCCAGCCCGGACAGGGUGUCCCGGCUGCUGCGGGCCGUGGCCUCGGCGGUGCAGAGGGACGCGGAGCGGACGCUGCGGCCGAGCCUGGACGACCUGGACGUGGCGUCCGUGGAGGCGGCCCGGGCCGUGUUCCAGGCCGUGGUGCGGCAGGAGUUCGCGGACGGCGUGGUCAACUGGGGCCGCCUCGUGACCGUGUUCGCCCUGCAGGGCAUCCUCGCCAAGAAGCUGCUCCGCGCGCGCGUCGCCCCCGACCCGGACCAGGACCUGGACCGGGACCUGGACGCGGACACGUCCGAGGAGAUCGCGCGCUUCGUGGCCGAGUUCAUCACCUCGCAGGCGGGGGACUGGAUCCGGCAGAACGGAGGCUGGGUAAAUAGUCCUGCUCGCUCUUUGCUCCGAAGCGGGAGUUCGCGGUGUCCCGGCUGCUUUAAGGAAUAUAUACACACACGCGCUUGGAAUUAGUAAUUAACUCAAAGGGCGUAUACAUCUUUUUUGGGGGAGGGGGGACACCCCGUAUAUAUGGGUUGUGUUUGCAAGACCCUCUACCGGUCU